CGACAACACUUAUCGAUAAGACACGAUAUCGUGAAUUUUAGUAGACAACUAUAGUGUCAUGAGAACUUUCUUGUAAGGUAGACAUUUCAACGGCAAUAAUUGAGAUCGCGAAAUCGUCAUCCUGGAGGUUGCAAGAAGACUAGGUCCCCGCUGGACAUUUCCCGGCUGCGGCUGGAAAUUACUAGCUAGAAACUACGUCACAAUGGCUUCUAUUCCGACAAAUGGAGAGACGCCCGCGGCCAAGCCGAAAUUGCAUGGGCGGGCUUUUUAUGAAAGCAUUGGCAGUCCCAAGUUCGUGCUUGCGCCGAUGGUCGACCAGUCCGAGUUUGCUUGGCGCAUGCUCACAAGAUCAUUCCUCACACCGACUGAGAACUCGAAAGUGUUAGCUUACACGCCCAUGUUUCACGCACGAUUAUUCGAAGAGACGCCCAAGUAUAGAGAGUCGCAUUUCGAGGCUACCCGACCUUCCACACCCACAGACCCCGAACAACCUCCACAACCAGUACCAUUCCUCGACGGCAACCCGGCAUUCGAUCGCCCUUUAUUCGUACAGUUCUGCGCCAAUGACCCAGAGCAUCUGCUUGGCGCAGCUACGCAAGUUGCGCCUUAUUGCGAUGCCGUCGACUUAAACUUAGGCUGUCCGCAGGGCAUUGCGCGCAAAGGCCACUACGGCGCAUUCCUGCAAGAGAACCAAGAACUCAUCUACAAGUUAAUCAACACUCUUCACGAGAAACUUCCUGUGCCUGUCACAGCCAAGAUUCGGAUAUUAGAGACCAAGGAGGCCACCCUGGCUUACGCUAAGAAUGUGCUGGCAGCCGGCGCAAGUAUCAUUACGGUGCACGGACGGAGGCGGGAACAGAAAGGGCAUUUGAUGGGAGUUGCGGAUUGGCAAUACCUGCGCUACUUGAGGGAAAACCUACCUAAGGAGACGGUUAUUUUCGCCAAUGGGAACGUACUCCAGCACGACGAUUUAGAGCGAUGUCUCGAGGCGACCGGGGCCGACGCCGUAAUGAGCGCGGAGGGCAACCUGAGCGACCCCGCCAUUUUCGCGCAAGUGCCAGCGCCAGGGCAAGAAGGGCGAGAGUACUGGCGAGGCAAAGACGGCAAGGGCGGUUACCGCGUCGACGCCGUAUUCAGGCGUUACAUGGACAUCAUACAUAAACACGUCCUGCAACACGAGCUCCCGACGCGAAGGCCCUUAUUCGUCAUCGGAGACGACGAGACGUGGAUCGCGGAGGGGAAGGCGCGAGACGCGGAACAGGACGAGGAGGGCCCCGCGCGCAAGAAGCGGAGGAAGGAUGGCGGAGGAGGGGGCAAGGGGUGCACGUCGCCGAACCUUAUCGCGAUCCGGCCCCAUUUGUUCCACCUCCUGCGGCACUUCAUAUCGGCGCACACGGAUAUACGGGACGCGCUCGCUAGGUGCCGCGCCGGCGACGUCCCCGCCAUCGAGGACGUCUUGGACAUGGUGGAGCGGAGGGUAGCCGAGGGCCUCGUCGAGUACGAGAGGAUGGGGGGCAAGAGCGUCGAAGAAGAAGAAGCGGCGCCGGAGUCGAAGGAGGUGGGACAAGAAAAGGGGUCCGCGGAGGAGGGCAAAAGUGGAGACGAGGAGGAGGAGGAGGACCAGGAGAGCUCGGUGGCGACGGUCAGAAAGUGCAAGAGACCGUGGUGGGUCGCGCAGCCGAUUGUAAGGCCGCUGCCGAAGGAGGCCCUGGCGAAUGGGAGUAUUAGUCUGAGUAAGAAGGAGAAGAAGAAGCAGGAACUAUUAGCGGCGAAAGCCGCGGAUGAGGCUCCGGCGGAAGAGGCUACAUUGAAGAAGGUGAAUAGGGGUGUUGAAGAGGAGUUGCCGAGAUCGGAUGGCGUGGAGGGUGUUAGAGAGCCGGAUUUGGAUGGGAAGAGACCGGCUGAUGAGCUGGUCUGUGGAUAGAGGGCAGAAGGCGGGAUACUGAUGAGAUACCAUGGAUUUAUCAGGCAAUGUUAAUGGACUUUAUGGGCAUUAACAGACCAUCUGCGCUGUAUUGUCUUCUGAAUAUAAAUGGUUAUCGUAAGUAUUAGCGCUCAUGAAGCCUCAUCUAAUUGUUUCACUGAUAUCUCAAAAUUUCAAGUCCUUUCAUGUUCUCUC